GGCCCAUACGUCAAUUAUGGAUCUGCUUGAAAAAAAAAAAAAGGCCUAAACGAGUGAUAGACAAGAGGAAAAAAAUUAAAGAAGACAAGAAUGGCAUCAAAUCUGGGGCCAGCAUUUGCUUAUACAGUGGUGUAUUGUAAAGAUGUUGCUAAAUCUGUUGCUUUUUAUGCUAAAGCUUUUGGCUAUAAUGUUCGUCGCCUAGAUGAGAAUCGCAAAUGGGGAGAAUUGGAGAGUGGAGCUACCACAAUAGCAUUCACGCCAAUCCAUCAGCACGAAACAAAUGACAUAACGGGUCACGUCCAGACCCCGCAAUCCGGGGGCGAUAGGCAACCCAUUGAGCUUUGCUUCGAUUAUGUGGACAUCGAUGCUGCCUACAAGAGAGCAAUUGAAAAUGGGGCAGUUGCAGUGUGCGAGCCUGAGGAGAAGAAAUGGGGACAGAAAGUUGGAUAUGUGAGAGAUCCGGAUGGUAACGUUGUUAGAAUGGGCAGCCACGUCGCAUCCUAAAUAGGCGAACGCGACACAUCAAAGCUUACCAAAGAUGUCCCGUUGAUUUCAGCUGUCACAGUUUGUUUGUUAAUUUAGAUGUGGAAUAAGUUGUAUCCUCGCUGUGUAAUUGUAAUUCAGGAAUAAACAGAAUAGUCAAAAAAAGGUUGGAUCUUGUAAUCUUGAUGUCUGAGAUGAGUUUAUUGUGGUGUGGUGUUUAUCUAGGAGAACUUGUAUGUUGUUCGA